UCACAUUCAAAGUUCAAACCCAAUUCAAUUUUAUCUUUCUCCUUGUGAAAAUGUCUGGCCGUGGAAAGGGUGGAAAAGGACUGGGAAAGGGCGGAGCAAAACGUCACCGGAAAGUACUCCGUGACAACAUUCAGGGAAUAACAAAACCGGCGAUUCGGAGGUUGGCUAGAAGAGGUGGAGUCAAGAGAAUCAGCGGAUUGAUUUAUGAAGAGACUCGAGGUGUUCUCAAGAUCUUUUUGGAGAAUGUGAUUCGUGAUGCGGUGACUUACACGGAGCAUGCUCGCCGGAAAACGGUGACUGCCAUGGAUGUUGUAUAUGCUCUCAAGAGACAAGGCCGAACUCUUUAUGGAUUUGGAGGCUAAGUUUGUUUAUCCUGUUGAAUGAUAUAUCAAUAGAAUUAAUCGAUUCCAAUGUGUACUUGGUUUACAGGGUAUUGAAUGUUAAUGAAAUGCUAAUUUUCUUCACAA